AUAAAUCAAAACCGCUCAAAAUCCCUCAUCCUUCUUCUGGUCAUAUCCCACCACUCAACCCUUCUACCAAUACAUCAAAAUCGCUCAAAAUCCCACAUCCUUCUUCUGGUCAUAUUCGAGCAUCUCUCAACCCAUCUACUAGUACCCCGCUCAAAAUCCCUUCUAAUUCCUUUGAUCCUAUCCCACCUAGUAGGUCGCCUUCUAGUCAUAACUCCCCUACUAUCUCACCUCUUAACCCAUCAGAAUCCCGUAAGCCAACAAAGCAAAAAGAGGGUGAAGAAUCAUUAAUGAAGUCGAGAACAUCAAAAUCUGUACGGUCAACAUCAUAUCCAGAUUGGCCUUCAAAUGUUCAAUUUGAUACGAAGGAAGAGGUUAUGACAAAGGAUGCUGAAGGUAACAUCACAUUGGUGAGUGGUCCUAUUCCGACAAUCAGUGUGUGGAGUAACAACGGCGUUAAAUACUGUGUUGAAUUCAACGAGUUUUACCAACCUCUUAGGAAAGGUGGAGAUAUCUUGGUCAGAUUCAUUGGUAGCAUUGCAAAGGUAGAGACCUACUGUCCAGUUGGAGAAGUGAAUUGGCAUAACGUCGAUAAGAAGCUGAAAGCUAUGUUGGUAGAGGAGGUCAAAGAACGCUUUGUAAUUCCUGAUGGUCCUGAAUACGAGAAACAAAUCCUCAAGCGUGCUAACAGAAGUUGGAGGCAUUUUAAACACGAGCUCAAGUCACAUUACUACAAACCAGAUGACAAGACUCUCGAUGAGAUGUGUAAUUUGCAGCCACCAUACGGAAUUACUAGUAAUCAAUGGAUAAAGUUGGUUAAGCACUGGCAUUCAGAGCUAGGGAAAAAAUUGUCAGAAGCUGGGAAAGAUGCACGAGCUUCCCUAAAUCAACUUCACAGAUGUGGCUCCAAGAGCUUCGCAAACAAGCAAGCUGAUUAUGAGGAUGAGCAUGGAGAAAAAAUGAGUUUAUUAACUCUUUGGAAAAAAGCUCAUAUUGGAAAGGAUGGAAGCUUUCUACCAGACACACUCACAGAAGAAUUUAUGGAUGAUGCAUAUGCCAAGUUUGAAUCAUUGAAGCAAGCAAACCCUUCCAAGUCUGACUUAGAACUUGAAGAUGAAGCUUUUGAGCACACCAUGUAUGAUGGAGAGAUUCCCAAACGUCCCGUAGGUUAUGGACUUGGAGUUCGAAAGGGGGACAUUUACGGGGUGCAUGGUGUCCUGAAGAAGCAAGGGUGUGGAAGAGUUCGAAAGACGGCCGUGUUCAUGGAGAAUGAUAAAGAAGAAUUGUCCACUCUGAAGAAGGAAAAUAGAUUGUUGAACACCCAAGUCCAAGAGAACAAAGAAGAAGUGUCUGUUCUCAAGAAGGAAAAUAGCUUGUUGAAAGCCAAAGUUCAAGAGAACAACUCUCUGCUCAAAACUCUUGUUGGACAAUUUUCUCAACUAGUAGGUAAAGUUCGUAAAGGAGAGGCUUCAAUGCACCUUUUAGAUUGUGCACAAGCAGUCUUGGAAGUGACAAACCAAAAGGGAUGCUGACAGCUUAAUGAAGUUUAGGACAUGUGAAUGGCCUUACUGAUAUGCUGGAUGUCACUUGAUCUAAACAUGUUACUGUUUUUCCUAAGGGAUGAAACAGUAGUUUGAUGUUAUUCUAGGAGGGUAAUGUUUAUGAAGUUGGAGAAUUUUGAUAUGGAAAUUGAUUUUGCUAGCGCCUGUAGAUGGAGACAGCUUAUCUCAUGAGACUUGAGUUCUUUUGUUGUCUUUGUUUCUUCUUUAUUCUUCUCUAGAGCUAUGCACUCUUAUGUGAUUCUUCUUUAUUUAGUAAUUAGAAAGUUUAAGACAUGGAAUGAGUAGAAAUUCAUAUAUAGUGAUGCCUGAACAUUAAAUGAAACGAGAGUGGAGUGGUAAGAAACACGAAUGAUGGUGCUGGACUUUCCAUGUGAUGCUUUUAAGGUCAUCUCAUGGCGCUCUGCACACUUUGCCAUAAUCAUCUC